CACACUGUGCAGCUAGCACCGCAGCUAACUGUAUUAGCACUCGCUCUGUGGCGGUGCUGCUGCUGUGCGCUGUUGAAAGCACUCAUCAAUGAAUCACCACGGUCAUCAUUACCGGCACAUUGCUGAGGAGAUUGGCCUUUGGCGGGCCGAUCGCUCCUGAUGGGAGUGCGAUCGGAGCUUGUCUACCUUAGUGCUCAGCCACACACCUCCCUCCGUCGCACUACAUCGUCGCUAGGCAACAGAACUCAGGGCCGGUGUGUGAUUGGUUGUGGCCUUCGAAUUGAGAGCGAGCCUCCUUUCUGCCAGUACAUGCUGUUCCUGCCAUGCUCACAGCGAUGGUAAAACCAAGACGGAGGAGGGUUUAAUCCAACAUACAUAUACAUCCAAAAUAAUACAUAAAACCUUCAUAAGAAUUACAAAAGCGAUUCUGCUUGCAGUGUUGGAAUAAAGGGAUAAGGGCGAACAGGAUGAAAGCCUUGGUUUUAGAAGUGGUUCGCUGUGUGGGAGGCUCUUCUUCACUGCUUCCUCCAGGCUCCUUCAAGCUGAAAUUCUCUUCUGUCUUAUUAUAUUUUGGAAGCAGAAGAAAAUUCCUCGUAUAUCUUACACAAAAUGUCCAAUGCGAGUGACUUUUUCUGGAAUUUUUGCAAUUAAUCUUCUCGUAUCACAUCGAGAGCUUGCAAGCACACGUGGCCUCGCACACAUUCACAGAUAAAUGUUUUACUUGAACACACAUGUAACACACUUUUGCGUCCCACUGGCUUUCAACACUUAAUCCCUUUGACACGAGGGUCUCGUCGCAAAUGUCUUCCCUAAUGCGAAACGCCACUUCUCCCAGAUCAAAAGUUUAUCUAUCUGCUCGCCGUCUGCCAUUGUGUGGCGGUGAGAACCUGCGGUUAAUUACAGUGAUUUACGUAUGAUUAGAGAGCAGAGCACAGAUUUUGUCAUUACAUUCCCACUCGGUUACCAGAGCUCAACGCUGGUUUCCAGGGAAACUGGAAAUGUGAAGCUUCUUUUUUUUUUUUUUUUUUUCCUCUCUCUCCCAUAGACAGCCACUGCCUGAAAGAGCGAGGAUUGCCUAAGAUAGAUUCUUCUAGAGACAAACCUGUAGCCAGUGCAAUCAGAAUCAAUCAGACUUUGGGGGGUUCGGGGGGCGGAGAGAUGCACAGACAGAUGUUGCUCUCACUCAGGGGGUUGCGAUUUUUGCCAUGUUUGACCCAGUUCUGAAGAAGUGUUGCAGAGAGGUCGGACUUUGCUUCUGAGGUUAUCUCACCACCUUACCGAAGAGACAGAAUGGGAAGCCUUAAGGACGAGAAGCGAGCUCUCAGGGAGGACCGCCAGCCCUGCGAGAAGACAAAUAAUGAAGGACUUUCUGAAGGCUCAGACAGCAGCGCUGCCGCUGAGGGACGUCCCUUACGCACAUGUCAAGAGUCAACAACUUCAGAGGACUGUCAGUCAAAACUCCACAUGGACGCCAGCUCUGUUGGGAAUAGAGAGAAAACUCUAAAAUCCAAAGAUCCAGAGUUUUGCGGAGUCAAUAGCAAAAGCUCUGAGCCGUCGGCCUCUGAGCCAGUUAAGGACUGUGCACAGCCUGGUGACAUGCCUGUGACCCUGCAAACUGUAGCUACGCAAAAUGAAGCCACAAUCUCUACUAACAACCAGGGUAACGGAGAUGCUGAAGGGGAAAACGUGGCUCUUGACAAAGGAGACGGAACAGAUGUUGUGAACAUCUUUGUUCCUGUGCCAUCGACUCCUGACCCCUCCGACCCUCGCUCUCCAGCCCCUUUUGGGCAGCAGCACAUGCGCACGCAAGUGAGCCUUGAAGUAGUCCAGUGCUGCUCGGCUGCCACCAGCCCCAUGACUCCUCCGGAAGGAGAUCAUUCCUUCUUCUUCCCAAACAAUUUUGGAAAACACGGAGUUGACCCUGUUGCGUCCGCUGCCGGCACCCACGAUGCAGAACUGCAGGUGGGUCAACAAGUGGAGUUCUGCUCCGUCGCCACAUCCCCCAUGACACCAAAGACACCAUCGAGCACGGCUUUCCCAGUGCUCAUUGGAAGAGGGACGGGGAAAAAGGAGGAGAAAACAAAAAAGGAGGAGGAGCAAAGGGAGACUGGCCAAAAGAAGAGUUGUACAACGACAAAAUGUACCGAAGAAGUGUCAAAAAACGACGAAUCUUUGAAAUGUGCCAAGGGCUUGAGUUCAUAUGAAUCUGUAGGGAGUUCCACCAGUGGUCUGGCUACUGCUGUAACGCAGGGGACCUUUGAGGACAGUACCCAGCAAUGCACGCAGCAGAGGAUGGGGAGCAUGGAUCAAGACAUUACAAUCUUGGUCACUCACUAUGGCAACAAUGACGAGGAAGCUGAGUCACAUUUUCAGACCCUGGAGCCUGACAUGGUGAAAACAGAAGAAACAGAGAAAGGUGAAGAAAACAUCAGUAAUAUGAAGAGCGAGGACAGAAAAGAAACGGCCUCCACAGUAGCUCCUGAUCUUGCUCAGGAAAAAUCGAGCCCAAAGCAGCCACAAAAACUACCUGGGAAAACAAACGUUUGCACUGAACCCGACAAUUCAGAGGUCGUGGCUCACAAAGGCGCACGAGUGGACAUGAGAGAUGUAUCCGUGCCAAAAUCUCCAGUCCCCGAAUCCCCAGCUCCAUUCGGCUGCCACAACAUCCGAACACAAGUGAGCCUGGAGGUGGUGCAGUGUCAGUCUGUGGCCACCAGUCCCAUGACCCCUCCUGAGGGGGACCAGGCCUUUAACUUCCCCAGCUCCUUUGGGAAAUGUGGAGGUGUGGGCACAGAAACAAAAGACGCUGAGAUGCAGGUGGGUCAGCAGGUAGAGUUUCGCUCCGUCGCCACAGCGCCCAUGACCCCGAGAACUCCAGUCGCCACAACUUUUCCGGAGAUAAAGAAGGAGGUGAGCAUUGAAGAGAAGAUAGUGGAGGAGAAGGAGGAGGAAAGUAGAGAACAGCUCGUAGAGAAUACGAAGGAAGUACCCAAAGAGGUGGAGAAAUUAACCCAGAAAGAAAGCAUAGGGGAGGACAGUAAGGAUGUGAAAAACUGUAAGGAAAAAGACGAGGAGAAGUGCGAGGAGCCAGUGCAGGAAGUGAGCUGGGACGAGAAAGGGAUGACCUGGGAGGUGUACGGUGCCGUGGUGGAAGUGGCCGUGCUGGGCUCCGCCAUCCAGAAGCACCUUGAGAAGCAGGUACAGAAACAGAAACAGCUGUCCACCAUGCCUCCGCCACCUCCACUCAACCCAGCGGCGUCCCCACUGCCUUCAGAGCCGAGUUGCGGGGGUUCGGGCAAGCGCCGGGGGCGGAAGAAAGGGGAGCACGAUGGGAAAGCGAGCCGGCGCAGGAGAAACCCCUUCCGGCUGAUGAUGGAGAACGUGCAGCAGCCGCACUGCUGCUCUAAAGCUCACACUACCGAAUGACGGAGGAGGCGGGCUCUGAUCACAACAGCUGGCCGGAGAAAAUAAAUGCCAUCUGAUCUGCGUGGCUGUGAUACUCUGAUUUACCACAGCUUGAGUUUAGUGUUGGACGGGGUGAGAAACGAAUCACACCCUCACACGAGACAAACAAGCUCAAGAAGCAUUUACGGACUGAGCCACGGAGCAUCAAGAAGCAGCCAUACUAUUUUAUUUUGUCGUCGUUCUUUUAGUAAAAGUUGCUGUGACGUCACUUUAACAGAUUGUCGGGUUUAAUGGAGUUACUAUGAGUGUGAUGCAUCAGUGUCAUUGUUAGCUUUGCUCUUUUUAUUUUUUUAUAUUAUUUUUUUUUCCUUCUCAGCCCAUUCAGUCAUCCAGUGAGUCAUUUGAGUUAUUGAUAUUUUUUAAUGCACCUCAGACAAGUGACGCCAUGGCAACAAGCUUUUCCUGCCUCUGGCUCACAGUACUGAAGCUGAGAGAGGUGAGGAGGACGGUUUUUAUGUCCUGUCAGUUCAGUGCAGAGGUGAUUUUUAUGACAUUUAUGAGAAUUUAGAGUACAUAGUUAAUAUUGAUGUAUGUGCAUAAUAUUUCCUAGGCUUUUGUAGUUUAAUUUAAGUAUGAGUAUGCUUAGCCAUCACUCAUUACUGUGUUAAAAUACAAUGAAAAGUAUUUCAGCUGUAAAAUUUGCUUUGAAAAUUGAUUCUAAGUGUGUUUUAUUUCAGAGAUGAGUGUCGUGUUGGUGUUCUCACACUGAAAUUCCUAAUGAAUAAAGCAUCUUUAUUCACAGAUUGCACAUGUAAUACAUUCAUUAAGUUGUCAGCAAGAAUUAAAAAAAUUUUUUUUUCCAUCAGCAAGUUUGCAGAAAGCAUUUCGUGAGCGAAUGUGUCAAACUCGAGGUAAACAUCGACAAUCAGAGAAAGAUUUCCACUGACUAAUAAAUAACAAUUUCAAACAUACACAGACAUUGCAUUAUUUGUAUUUUCUUGCUUUUCAAUUGGAUUCAUUUUGUAGCAUCAGCUGCGAGGAAAAUUAACAUGGUGUGUUAAAAGUGAUUCAGUGUGCAACAA